AUGAACUGGUCUCCUUUCUCGCUCCCUGCAGCUUUCUGGGUUGCCAUUCUCGUAAUCCAAACCGCUCUAUGCUCCCCUCUGCAGCCACAUCGGGUCGUUGACCUUGCCCCAAGGCAGACCAUCAUACCAGGCGGGAAGCCCUGUGGUCAAAACAAUGCCACAAACCGGGGUUGUUGGAAGAACACAUGGAACAUCAAUACCGACUACGAGACAACAACGCCGCCCGCAUUCAACACGAGAAACGUAAGACCCUCCGUUGACGAUGCAGGAGGAACGGGUUACCAAUUCCCCGGACCGACAAUUGAAGCUGACUGGGGUGAUUAUGUCGUCGUCAAUGUCUACAACGACAUGCAAGAUAAUGGCACCUCCAUCCAUUGGCACGGUAUCCGGCAGUUCGGGGAGAGCAACCAAGACGGAGCCAACGGUGUGACGGAAUGUCCCAUUCCUCCCGGACACAUGAAGACGUAUGACUUCCACGUUACCCAAUACGGCACGUCUUGGUACCACAGCCACUACUCAAGUCAAUACGGAAACGGAAUUGUUGGCGCACUCGUCGUCCACGGCCCGGCAGCGGCCAACUACGACAUCGACCUCGGGCCAUACAUGGUGGGUGACUACUACCAUGAAACUGCAGACCGCUUGCAUCUCCGUGCGGAGCAGGUCAGCAACGGCCCACCCCCGGACAGCGACAACGUCGUUUUUCGCGGCAAGAACAUCAACCCCAACGGCGCGGGUGGAGCGUACGACCGGAUCACCUUGACACCGGGGAAGAAACACCUCUUGCGGAUCAUCAACCCAAGCGUGGACAACUCCUUCACCGUAUCCCUCGUUGGCCACACCUUCACAGUCAUCACCACCGACCUGGUCCCCAUCACCCCCGUCGUCCGCGACAAGCUCUUCCUCGCGGUCGGCCAGCGCUACGACGUCAUCAUCACGGCCAACCAACCCGUGGGCAACUACUGGUUCAACGCGACGCUCGAAGCCAACGGCAACUGCGGUUCCUCGCGCAACCCCUUCCCCGCAGGCAUCUUCCACUACGACGGCGCCAGCACCACAGCUUUGCCCACCAACCGCGGCACGCCCAUCACCGCAGGCUGCGACGGCGAGAAGAACUUCGCUCCGCUCAUCACCCGCACCGUAUCACCCUCCGAGUUCCAGCCUUCCACACUCCCCGUCUCCCUUGCCUUCCCCACCACCGACCGCGGCCAAGUCUUCGAAUGGCGCGUCCGCAACACCCCCAUCUCCGUCGAAUGGGACCACCCGGUUCUAGAAUACGUACUGGAGAACAACACCGCUCAAUUCCCGGGUGCCAUCAACCUCGUCGACGUCCCCGAGCCUGAGGUCUGGACGUUCUGGGUGGUCCAAAACACAUUUGCUCUACCGCAUCCGAUCCACCUGCACGGGCAUGACUUCCUCGUGCUCGGCACAGGCGCGGGCACGUUUGAUGCGGCGACCAUGGCCGGCCAGUUGCAGUUUGACAACCCGAUCCGGCGGGACGUCGCGCAGAUGCCCGGGAGCGGGUGGUUAGUGAUUGCAUUUCGGACGGAUAACCCCGGGUGUUGGUUGAUGCACUGUCAUAUUGGGUGGCAUGUGGCGAUGGGACUAGGGAUUCAGUUUUUGGAAAGGAAGGCGGAUAUUAUGGAGUUGAUGCAUCUGGAUCAGAUGCAGCCGAAUUGUGAGGCGUGGCGGGCGUAUGUGCCGACGAGCCCGUAUUUACCCAAGAUUGAUUCGGGGCUGCGGAAGAGGAUGGAGAUGGAGUGGGAUGGGCUGCCGGCCGUGAGGAGGAUUGGUUGA